AUGGCGCACACCUGCCGCACCAGAGCCUGUGUCCUUGCUGCGUCCACCAUGUCCAUCUGCUGCAGCCACCGGGGCGGAGGCACCAGGGUCUGCUCACCCAGCCUGGGCCCCGACUCCUCCUGGCAGGUGGACGACUGCCAGGAGAGCUGCUGUGAGCCCCCGUGCUGCGCCCCCAGCUGCUGCCAGCCCAGCUGCUGCGCCCCAGCCCCCUGCCUGACCCUCCUCUGCACCCCAGUGAGCUGUGUGUCCAGCCCCUGCUGCCAAUCAGUCUGCACCAGCUCCUGCACCCCCUCCUGCUGCCAGCAGUCUAGCUGCCAGUCUGAUUGCUGCAGCUGCUCCCCCUGCCAGCCGUCCUGCUGUGUGUCCCUCUGCUGCAAGCCCGUGUGCUGCAAGCCCCUGUGCUGUGUGCCCGUCUGCUCUGGAGCCUCCUCCUCCUGCUGCCAGCAGUCUAGC